UGCAUGGAUAGAACUACUUCAUUACAAUGGAAUUGAUUCUUGAGCCCAGUGACAAAGGACAUAGCAUACGUAUCCAGAAAAGCCUCAAAUCAAUGGAAAACGCUUGUUUUGGCUAAGAAAACAAUUGCACUUGAAGACGUUUCAUGCUGACAAGCCCAACUAUCACAUCUCUGGUGGAGUGGCACUUGUGGUGGCCAACUGGAUUCUAGGGGUGACCUGUGCCACCCUGUACCUAUCUGGCUCUGCCUAUAGGCCCAGUUAAAUUAUUAAUUAAUGUAACGUAUAACACUUUAUUUGGGCUACAACUUAAUUUUAUUUACUAUUCGGCUAAACCCCCUUUAUUUUACAGUGAGGUCUAAAUGGGAUUUGGCAAUAUGGGGAAAUCCUUGAGGGAUUUCACUUUAUUUUUCAUCUACAUUUCACACAAGUGGUAAAGGCAUUGAUUGUGCAUUGAUGAGUGCUUUAUGAUCUUCAUAACCCUUUACUAAGGAAUAUGGUUGUGGAAAAUUAAGACAUUUGCUAUUAAUGCAGUUGGUAUUGAUGCGUAUCUAUCUAUGUAUUUUUGAUAACUACUUCCAUAUAAACGUUAUUAGGCUAAACUAACUUCUUGUCCGUUGUAGCUUGCGCUGUUCCUGCACAAUCCUGGCUCCGUAGCCUGGGACUCAAGUGGCGCGAGCGAGCCACAAUUACAGCAAAACUUCGCCCCCACCUGCUUGACUUUUCUUGCGUGCAGACAGCAGCAGAAGGCACGUGGUGUUCAUCACCAUAACAGCAGCUUUGAGCGCACAGCUGCAUUUGUACGCUGAUUGCCCUGAACCAGAGCGGUAGAAGAGGACAUCAUUGGAGGAGGAGCUCCCGAUUGUCUUAAAUCAGCUCAGAAGUUGGAAAACAGUGGACAAAAGAGUAACUGUGGGGUCAUGGUCUGGAGCGACAUGGAAUUUCAAGUCCUUCUGUUGAUUGUGUUCCUCUGUUUGACUUCAGAAAGAUGUGAGGGCAAAGUAAACCACAAACCAUCAACAUGCGGAUAUCCUCCAUCGCAGUGGUGCCGAAGUUUGGAAAUAGCUGUUGAGUGUGGGGUUCAGAAGCAGUGUCUGGAGCUGAAUGCCACGCAGCCCAACUCUGCAGCGCCCCCAGUGGAGGUGACCCUGUACUACGAGAGCCUGUGCCCUGGCUGCAGGGCCUUCAUCACUCAACAGCUCUACCCCACCUGGACACUUCUCAAGGACAUCAUGAGGGUCAACCUGGUGCCCUACGGCAACGCCCAGGAGAUGCAGAAUGCAGUCAUCUGCCAGCAUGGGGAGCCGGAGUGUCAUGCCAACCUGAUUGAGGCGUGUAUCCUGCACAUGGCCAGCCAUGAGGCUUUCCAUGUCAUCAACUGCAUGGAGGCCGCCUCCUCGGUCCUGCCUGCUACCCAGCCUUGCUUGCAGCUGUUUGCACCAUCCGUCAGGUGGGAGUCCAUCUCUGCAUGCGUCAGGGGUCCCCUUGGACACAGUCUGAUCCACGAGAACGCUGCCAAGACCCGAGUGCUGAAUCCGGCACACACACACGUGCCCUGGGUCACCUUCAAUGGGGUGUACACAAAUGAAUGGGAAGACCAGGCCAUGUCCUCUCUCUUUCAUCUGGUCUGCAGUUUAUACAAAGGAGGGAAGCCUCCUGCUUGUACGGGAGCCCUGCGGAAACUGGACAGAAGCUUUUGCUGACGGAAUAUCUCUGGACAUGAUGUGCCUUUCAUAUACUAUUUUUACAAUAUAAACAUCUCUUAGGACCAUCCUUUGGGCCGUUGAGCAUUUAUAACCUCUCAAGAUGACUGUCGUAUAUAAAACGAUGAGUUCACUUUUCAGCUUCCUGUGAGAAACUCGCAGGAAGUAGUUAUUUAUAGAGUGAUGUAUACAUUUACUUGAAAUAAGUCAAACGAGAAGCCUUUUUUAUUUUUAUUUGACCUUGACCUUAUCUACAUAAUCAUGAUUUUGUUCAAAGUUUACACAGUUUAACACAUGGCAAGCGGCUGUACAAUUAUUUCUCUUUUAUGUUAAAUAAAUCCCAAAUACAUAACCAACAUUUUUUACAAA